GGGGAGUCUAAGAUGGCGGAGUGAAGAGCGAGGUGGAAUCGCUGAAGGCUUGCAGCUUUUGCAUACCUCGCCUCUCACUAGGGAUCCAGGAUGUGGCACGAAGCACGGAAACAUGAGCGCAAACUGCGCGGGAUGAUGGUGGAUUACAAGAAGCGAGCGGAGCGGCGCAGAGAGUACUACGAAAAGAUUAAGAAAGAUCCAGCGCAGUUCCUACAGGUUCAUGGCCGGGCGUGUAAAAUCCACCUGGAUUCUGCCGUGGCACUUGCCGCAGAAAGCCCCCUCAAUAUGAUGCCUUGGCAGGGCGAUACAAAUAACAUGAUCGAUCGAUUCGAUGUCCGCGCACAUCUGGAUUAUAUUCCAGAGUACACGCCACCUUUCCUAAGUGCUCUCUCUCCAGAACACGACAACGAUGAAAGGAAGUGCAAUUAUGAGCGAUAUCGAGGUCUGGUUCAGAACGACUUUGCAGGCAUUGCCGAGGAGCAGUGUCUGUACCAGAUAUACAUCGACGAGCUGUACGGGGGCAUGCAGAAACCUAAUGAAGAUGAGAAGAAGAAGCUAGCGGAAAAGAAGGCAUCGAUUGGGUACACUUACGACGACUGCUCGGUAACUACAGAUGAGAAGGCAGAGGAGAGGGAUGAGGACUACGAGGACGACUCAGAUGAGAAGAGUGAUUCAGACGAAGAGAUCCCAGACAUAGAUGUUGAAGUGGACGUUGAUGAAUUAAACACUGAACAAACCUUGGAGCUGAACAAACUCGCUACCACUUACGGGAUGUCUGAAGGCGACUUUGUCAGGAUGCUUCGGAAAGACAAAGAAGAAGUGGAAGCAAUAAAGCAUGCCAAGGCCUUGGAGGAAGAGAAGGCGAUGUACUCGGGACGAAGGUCUCGUCGCCAGAGGAGAGAAUUCAGAGAGAAGCGCUUAAAGGGGAGAAAAAUCAGCCCACCCAGUUACGCAAGGAGAGACAGCCCAACGUAUGACCCGUAUAAAAGGUCACAAUCCGAGUCCAGCUCGGGGACGAGAUCGCGGUCACGAUCAAACUCGCCUACGCACGAGGAAAAGAUCACCUACAUCACAAGCUUCGGAGGCAGUGAGGACGAGGGUGGAUCGACGGCACAGACUGGGGUGGCCUCUGCCAAGGCCCCGAUAGGCAGGCACCGGACCUCCAUCCCGCAGCAGAGCUCUGGCACAGGUCAUACCAGCUCCUCCCGGCGCCGCUCCUCUUCCUCUUCCUCGUCACGAUCUCGCUCAGGCUCUCGCAGCCACCGAUCACAGGGGCACCGGCGGACGAGGCGGUACUCCCGCUCCCGGUCCCGCUCGCGCAACAGGCAUUACUCCAGAUCGUACGGCCGCUACACCAGAGGAGGAUCCCGAGAUGGCCGCCGCUGCUCCCGCUCGCAGUCCCGCUCGGCCGACAGGACGCACUACGUCAGCUCCCGUAGUCGAGGCAGGAGAUCCAGGUCCCGGAGUCACUCGCGCUCGGAUGACCGCUACCGCAGGAGCGGCAGGGCAGGCUACAGCUCGAGCCGGCGGCGGAGAAACAGCAGCAGUCGGAGCAGCAGCGACAGCCUGAGCCGCUCGCAGAGCCAAAGCAAGUCUCUGUCCCCCGCCAAAGAGAGCCUGGGGAAGGUGGCUGCUUCACCCGCCAUGGGCGAAAAACUGAAAAAGUCUGACACUCCUGUGGGUAAAGAAUCCGGAGCUGCCAAACCAAAACUGACACCGCAGGAAAAGCUGAAGCUUCGCAUGCAGAAGGCACUGAAUAAGCAAUUUAAAGCAGACAAGAAGGCCGCGCAGGAGAAACAGCUGCAGCAAGAACAGGAGCGACAGGAACGAGAAGACGAGCUGCGAGCAAUGGCUCGAAAAAUUCGCCUGAAGGAGAGGGAACGCAGAGACAAGGAGCGGGAUGAGUGGGAGAAGGAGUACCCGAGGAGAAGUCGCUCUUCCUCGCCGAGACACGGUCGUGAUUACAGCAGCUCCUCGCGGAGACGUUCUCGCUCACAUUCAAGAAGUCCUCACCACCGCCAUUAGAGGCCACGGAGGCCCCCAGUUACUGUUCCUUCAUAACCAGGUGAUGACCUAGCACCAUCUACCAGAACAACAGGAGCCAGACGUGUAGUAACUGUGUGUGUGUUUGUGUGACAGAGAGUGUAUGCGUGUGACAGAGAGUGUAUGCGUGUGACAGAGAGUGUAUGCGUGUGUGAGUGUAUGCGUGUGUGAGAGAGAAUGCAGGAGUGAGACAGUGUGUGCGUGUAUGAGAGUGUGUGUGCGAGUGUGUGCAUGUGCGAGUGUGAACGUGUGUGAGAGAGUGUGCACAUGCGAGCAUUGUGAGAGAUUGGGCGUGUGACAGGGUGUGUGUGUGUGUACAUAUUUAUCAAGUUGGCAGAGUCCACCUGAUGUGUGCGAGCUGGAACUGGACAGGAUCUGCAGUUACCUCCCAUCUCUGAACACAGUGUUGACAGAAAGCCUUGCUGGGCAGUCACUACCUGCAAACAUCGCUGUUCAGUGCUGUGUUAUUCCCCCACCUGGCCUGCUUCUCCAGUCAAAGUGUUGGCACUUUGUGGUGGGUGUGUGUGUGCGUGUGUGCAUGCACACAUACGUAUGUGUGUGUGCACACGUGUACGCGUGCCUUUGUGUGUGUGUGUGUGUUGCUGUUGAAGCCCACUUUCAAUGCUCCCCAUGUACCGUCGAUGGUCAGAAGGAAGUGCGCGGCUGUGUGGUUGAACAUGUCCCUGCCUGCUGGGUCCUGUGCCUUUGAAUGAACGCACAUCUCCUGAGCUUUGCCACAGACCAGUCAAAGUGACCGGCACCUGCUUUUGGCAGCACUGGUUGGCACACUGAGUAACAUUUGGUUUUCCUUUCCCGUUGAAGGACUGCAGACAAGGUGAUCCCUUUGGUCACCUGGGACUCUGGGAAGGGUUGGGCUCCUCCUCCCAAAGCCAGUCAUAUUCUGUGUCUGGGGAUGUCCUGGGAAUUCCUGGACUGAUCCAGCCCUCUCUCCCUGGGCAGUGCUAGGAAUCUGAGUGGGACUUGCGUCCAUCCAGAGAAAUGCACCGGACGUUUUGAAUUAGCAGUGAAUUCUGCCUGUGGAUUGUGCCUCAGCUUGGCACUAAGUAUGCCACCUUCAGUGCCAGCAGCCACUGUUUUAUGUACCACUCUGUGCCCCCGAGCACCCAAGUCCAGCAUCAAAAGCUCUCUCACAUCUCCCGGAAUAACCUAGACAACAAAACCUCUGUACAACGCGCCAUGAACCAUACAUGGCAACAGGAAAUAAAGAUGCACACCAACUGGCUGGCUCAACACCAGAGAUGGACGGCCCCUCUCAGAGGAAGCACCUGUCUAGUUUAGUCUCAGGACAGUUUGGGUUUGCUUAAAGGUCAUGCCUGUCAAUUCUACGAUAGCUGCAUUUUAAAAAAAAGUUUUCUUUUCAAAGACAAGCCUUGUAUUUGUGAGCAGAAGUUUGUCAUUGUCAGUCAGAGCCAUCCCAAGCAGGGAUCUUUGAUGCCAUGCUUCUGUAAUAGCGUAAGAGGUGCCAACCCUGCCCAUCAUCUUCUCUGGAACAUGCAUACAGUGCCACCUUACUUGGUCUCUCAAACACUGCCUUGGGAUAAAACUCCAGCCCCUCCAGAAGGUUGUCACCACCCACAUAGAUCCCAUAUUUCCCGUCCUCCUCUGUUGGCCGAAGUGUAUUAACAAGUAGGUUUGCAUUGUGUUCAGCAACUAAUCAGUCCAGGGAGGGGGGUGGAGAGCUCUUGUGAACGUGCGAUUCUGUGGUCAUUUACUCUCGCUGUACCUAUCACCUUCGUGGGAGACCAAUUUCUCCUCGACCACUCUUUGGAGGCGAACAUGAAAACUUUCUAUGGAGUUUGUCUUGUACAGUUUGUAAUUUUUGAGGCAGUUUCUGUAAAUUUAUCGACUUUAAGCAAAAAUAAAAGUUUUUGUUAUCUCCUGA